CGCGAAGCAUGUAUAUAACUCUUGAAUAACUGGAUUCUGUAUUGGCAAAUAAGUGACAGUAUAGGCCUCUAAGUCUAACUGCUUAGGCUUAUACUGUAGGGUACAGAACGUUUCUCCUCGUUUGUCAUUGGUGAAAUUAAGUACGGAGACCACACAGUAACUGCAGCUUGCUGGACGAUCGGUUUCUAAGAUGUUUCCUGUGCGUGCCGUACUAUUUUCAAUUCUAAGCCUAUUUAUUUGCUCCUCAGUAGCAAGAAGGCUGCAGAUCCGAAUGGUGCAGGGAAAGCACCAUUAUGAAGGAAGAAUUGAAGUUCUUCACAAUGAUAAGUGGGGAGAGGUUUGUGAUCAUAAAUGGGAUUUGAAAGGAGCGAAAGUUGCGUGUAGGAUGCUUGGUUUCCCGGACGCUUUGCGAUACACCUCAGGUGACUGGUUUGGACGCGGAAGUGGUUACUUUUGGAUGGACGACGUGCAGUGUAACGGAGAUGAAUGGACAUUGGAAAGAUGUUCCCGUAAAGACUGGGGAAGGUGUAACUGCAGAAGAGGUCAGACAGCUGGUGUAGUUUGUAGGAUGCGGGACGAGGAAUAUGUCAUCAAACCUAGUCCUUCAAAUGCAAGCAAAGAGAUCGUAGAUCUCCCUAUUCGCUUACUUGGUCCAAUGUUGCAUGACCUCAUCAGUGAAGGGUUAGUUCAAGUGCAGAUCGACAAGCAGUGGGGAUACGUGUGUUCUCAUGGAUGGACGGAAAUGAACUCGAGAGUUGCAUGUGGAAUGUUGGGGUACAAAGAUUACCAUCGAGGUCCUCUUGUCCGCCCUCAAAAAACUAGUGAAAAGAAGGAAAAAGACCUUCCAGAAGGGGCAUUCAUGGUAUCGAAUGUGAGUUGCGCUGGACACGAAUCAUCUUUUGUUGAGUGUAGACAUAAAGGAUGGGGACCACUAAAGUGUGAGGGAGGAUUUCCAGUCAGAAUCAAGUGCAGUCGAUCACCAAUGUUUGUGAACCCCAAUUUGCGAUUACGUGGUUCUUUCAAUCUUCAUGAAGGGAGAGUUGAAGUCAGAAAUCCAAACCCAAGUAGUAAGCAGCACUGGGGGACAGUUUGCGAUGAUCAUUUUGGACUGAAAGAUGCUAACGUUGUCUGCAGAAGUAUUGGACUUGGAACAGCUUCCAGAGUCUUCACAAAUGCGCACUUUGGACAAGGUGUGAGAGGGAUUUAUAAAGAUGACGUCAACUGCAACGGUUGGGAGAGGGAUUUUGGUGACUGUAGAGCCAACCUUCAAAGUAAUUGUAACCAUUACGAGGAUGUGAGCGUGCGAUGUAAUGUACCAAAGCUUUACAACAAUAAGAUUCGUAUUGCAGGAGGAAUGACCCCACAUGAGGGAAGAGUCGAAGUGUUUGAUGGGAAAAGAUGGGGUGCUGUUUGUGCGGAGCAUUGGGGUAUAGAAGAAGCCGUAGUGGCGUGUCGACAUCUUGGCCUUGGAUUUGCCAAGAACGCCAUAACAUCAAACUACUUCGGUGUAACUAGCCUUCCAGUGAUCUUCUCUAAUGUGGACUGCAAACUUGAUGAAAUAUCUUUGCACCACUGUGAACGAGCCAUACCAAAAAUUACAAGAUGUCGAAGCGGAAGAAAAGCGGGUAUCAUUUGCACGAGAGCCGUUCCUGAUCUUGUUGUCAACGUAGAUGAGCUUGAAAAAAACGUUCGUAUCGACGCAAUACCACUUGCAUACAUGCAAUGUUCAUAUGAGGAAAACUGUCUUGGAGAAAGCGCAAGGGAGCAGUGGCCCAACAAUCGAUACUAUACCCGUCGAUUGCUUCGUUUUACGACCAGAGUUGAAAAUAGAGGAUUGGCUCCCUUCAAACCCGAUGUGCCUAAGUCCUCUUGGCAAUGGCACCAGUGUCAUAAUCACUAUCAUUCGAUGGAAGUGUUCAGUACUUAUGACUUGGUUGACUUUUCUGGUAUAAAGGCGGCAGCAGGCCAUAAGGCAAGCUUCUGUCUCGAAGACACCGUAUGUGAUGAAGGUAUUCCGAAAACGUUCAACUGUACCGAUGGAGGCGACCAGGGAAUUUCACCUAACUGUUACGACGUGUACAAAUGGAACAUCGACUGCCAAUGGAUCGACGUCACAGAUUUUCCUCAUGGCUCGUUUUACCUUCGUGUCACAGUGAAUCCAGACAGAAAGGUUGCCGAGUCGGACUACUUGAACAAUAUUGCAAAAUGUGAACUCUAUGAUUAUGGGAACUUCGCCGUCGCUGCGAAGUGUCAUUUAGAGGAAUGUCAAUCUGGAAUGGACACCCACGGAGGCAAUGCAAAAGGCGCUUGUUGUGUUUUUCCCUUUAAAUAUAGGAACAAGGUCUACAGGUCCUGUACCAAGAGCGGGUAUAACAGGUUUUGGUGUUCGACGACUUCAGACUUCGACAGAUCAAGGAGAUGGGGCAUAUGCUACUAGACUGGUUUCGCCAUAUUCAAUUUUUCAUUCUACACAAUAGAAAUAUUUGUAAAAAAUCAAACUUGUAUCUUAUUUAGUUAUAUUGAUUGAGAUGGAAAAUGGUUACUACCACGCCAACGGUGAUCCAUGGUCGUGAAGCCGUCAAUUCUUUUGUUUCAAUUUUGUCAAGAGAGUACAAGUACUUUAUACACUCUUGAUUUUAAUGUACAUUGCGAUUCCAUUGCAUGUGAUAACCAGUAAUAAGGGGAUGAAUGAUGGUUUGUCAAACACAUUUUUGCUCCACUUAUUCGAAAUAAAACUAAAACUGAUUUCUC